AUGCAACAGUCUGAUGGAAUUAUAGGAAAAGGUUUAAAUCCAAUUGAUAUACGAUUACCUCAGUCAGUCUUUAAGGGAGCUGUUAAAUUAGAUCCAUUUAUUUCUAAUUAUUUAAUAAAACCAUUUAAAUAUCCCACUGAUCCAAAAUACCUAUCAUGUUAUGUUCAAUAUGAUAAAAGUACUGAUACUGUAAGUGAAUUUUUAAAAAAUAUUAUUAGACAAUUAGAAUUACCAUCUGAGGAUGAAAUUGAUGGAUACUCAUUAACAUUUGAGGAGGAUGGUAUUUUUGUGACAGAGGAACGUAUAAAUAAAUUAAAACAAGGUUUUAUUCUUAUACUUACUGCAUCACCAAAUAAUUAUGUUCAGUAUGUUGAGAAUAUUAUAAAAACAGGAUCAGAGUAUGGGCAGGAUACUUUAAAAACUCUUCAACUUAUGGAACGUCUCUCUAAAGAUAAAAUAUUUUUACAAGCAUUUGAAAAACAUUGUGGUAUUGGAAAAAUUAUUUCAUAUAUUGAGGCUGGUAAAUUUAGUCAAAAUGGAACAUCAUUAAGUUGUUUAUUUAAUAUUUUUCUUACACUUAUGACUACAUUAGAAAUAGAAGAUAAAGAUAAAGCAACAUCAUAUUGGUUUGGAUUGUCAAAUAAAUUUAUAUCAGAGGUUGCCUCACACAUUAGUGGUAGAACAAAGUUAGAAAGUAAUGAAAGUUUAAAUGCAUCUUUAAAUGUUAUAGAAUUUAUAUUAAAAAAAUGUCAAAAAAAUCAGUUACAUCAACUUCAGAGAGAAGUUCCUUUUGAAAGUUUAAUAAUGCAUUUGGAAAAGUCAGAUAAAAGAAUUCCAAUAGCAAUAUUAAAUUUAAUGAAUUCUUUAUAUGGAGUAGCUGAUGAAUGUUUAAAAAUAGAAAUGUUACAAAUAUUAAAAAAUAAUGCUUUUCGAAGUAUGAUAUGUAAACUUCUUAAAAGACAAGAUACAACAAAAUUAGAUCAAGAACUUAGUAAACCAAUGAAAAAUCUUCAGGUAAUUUUAAUGAGUGAUCUAGCUAUGAAAGCUCUUAAAAAACCAUCAGAAGUUGAGAUAGAAAUAAUAAGAAAUAUGGAAUCACUAAAUCCAUGUAGUUUUGAUGGUAGUAUUUAUCAUACAUCACCCACAAAAUCACUCGGAGCAGCUACAAUAACUACGUUUGGUGUUGAGGAAGAUGACAUCUCAACAUCCUCAUUCUCUGAUGUUUAUCCUCCUUUAAAUGUUGAUUGGAAUGAAUUUACAGAUUUAGUUAGUAAAACACCUCCAGGUUUAUUAGUUUUAGAAGCAAUAUUAUAUUUUGAUGAAAAAUAUCCUCAAUUAUUAAGAGAUAUAAAUUCAGAAAAUAUUGUCUGGCAAGAAACAUCAUCAUGGCCUUUUCCAAUAGUUUCUAUUUAUUUAGUAUCAAUAUUAAUUGAUUUAUUUUCAAUUGUUCCAUCAAAAUCUGAAAAUUCAGGAUGUUUAAAAAUAACAGACAAGUUAAAACGCGUUUCAACAUUUUCAAAAGAAUCCAAUGAAACUAAUAAAGAAGAUAAUCUUCAUUUAAUUUUUUUUACAAUAGAAUCACCUUUUCAUGAAUUAUUUUCACUAUCUGUUAGACUUUUCAGAAGAACGUGGAGAGAGAUGCAUGCAUCAAGUGAAGAUUUAAUGAAAGUUAUUAAAGUUGUAAAAGAACAAUUAGAAAGAUCAUUAGAAUUUAAUCCUUUAUCUAUAAAAGAUUAUGAUAAUUGUUUACAAAAAUUUUCAUAUUAUCAGAUGCAGAAAAUUUGGGAAUUGGAGAGAUUUGAAAAAGAUCAAAGUGAACUUCAGAGUGAUGCUAUUAGGCAUUUAACACCUAAAUUAAGAUUAAAGAUGGAAAAACUUGUUAAACAGAAUAGAAAAAAUGAAAUGAAAAAAGGGUGUGUUUUUUAUAAAGUUCCUAAAGAUAAGGGUAAUAAUAAAAUUACUUCAUUAGGAUACUGGUUAUGGAAGCUAGAUAGAAAUGAAAGAUUUCUAUGGUAUCAAGAUGUUGAGAAUGAAAAUUGUUUAGAUAUGAAUAUGUCAAAAGCCAAAAAAUUACCUGUUAUGGAGAUAACAUCAUGUAUUUUUGAGGAAGCUUAUGCAGAGUAUAUGUUAUCAACAUAUGGAAGAAAAGGUACUUUUAAGAUUCCUUCUAGAGGUAUAGGUAUAUGUAUAAAUGGUUCUAAAGAUCCUGAUUUUAAUAUUGCUUUGAGUAAUCAAAAAAAAGUAAAUAUUUGGAUAGAUGGAUUAAAUAGCUUGAUAAAUGAUAAAUUAAUUACAGCUGAAUCAAUUGUUGAAGUUAAGAAAUUGGCUGACUUUGAUGUUAAAGUUAGACUUAUGUAUAUUGAUUGCCUUCCAGAAAUUAGGGAAUGUGAAAUUGGAAGUAAACUUGAAAGAGUCAUCCCUCCUCCACCUACUGAUUUUUCAUGGAUUUCUUUGAAAUCACCUUAA